GAACGAUGUCCUGGACGCAAAUGGGCAGGAGGACAGUGAGGAAGCUGAAGCAGAGGUGUCUGAUGCAAGCAAGGCGCGUGCCUUGUUCGUCGUGCUGCGUCAGCUGGUUUCUAACACGGCCUGGGCAGUGGAGAGGUCGGCGAUCAGAGCCGAGGCAGGUGAGGGAGAGUGGAAGCAGCGCACGCCGGACCUGGAGACACCAGACUACGAGGUGCUUUACCGCGAUGCUCUGAACGGCUACGAGGUCCGGGAGUAUGCACCCUAUGCCGUGGUACGGACUGCGGGUCAAGGUGGCGAAGCGGCCAACAAUCGCUCCUUCUUCAUGCUGGCAGACUACAUCUUCGGCAAGAAGAACGAGAGGAACGAGAAGAUGGCCAUGACCACUCCAGUUCAAAUGGACAAGAGCACAGGGACAAUGUCGUUCAUCAUGCCCAGCAAGUACUGGGGGGAGUCCCUCUCCGAAGCGCCUCUGCCGGCCGAAGAUGCCGGCGUUUCUCUCCAGGCAAGGCCCGGGGAGCGUGUCGCCGUGAGCAUCUUCGGUGGCUAUGCCGUCGGUUCCCUGGUAGCGCGGAAGACCGAGGAGCUCUUGGCCUCCGUGGCGGAAAGUGAG